AUGUCGGAUGUGUCGAACUCCUUCUCAGCUUGGGAGACCCUGCCGGAGGACGAACCUCCGCUGUGCAUCGCAGUUCGACGCCCAGUGUUACCUCCACGCCACUAUGAGGCGUGCCGUCGUGAGAAUGCUGGUGAUCCUUCGUUUCUACGGAACUAUAGUGGUCCAGAAUCGUUAUCUCCACAUUCAUUCACACAACACAACUCAAUCGCCAAAGCCCAUAACCUGAAAGGUCAACUGCCUGAAGAGAGCAUGGAAUCUUCGGCAACAACCAUUCGUUUCGUCACGAUGAACUGCCGGACACUAGCGAGUGAACUCCAACAAGCCGCCUGUCUAGGCUUCUGCCUGUGUGACUAUCUCUGUGUGACUUUCGCUGCACUGCAGGAAACACGCAUCAGAGAUCGGCCCAUCAUCAGCAUCGAAAAUUACACCUUGUACUGCGGCGAUGCUGAUGAGAACAAAGUAGGUGGCUGCGCGAUAGCUGUUAGGAACGAUUACAACAACCUGGUAGAGGAAUUUGGCUCAACGUCGUCUAGAUGCGCCUUUCCACCACUGCGGGAUCGCAGAGGACGUAAACUCUGUAUCGUAAGUGCUCACGCACCUGCGGAAACCGCUGAGGACAACAGUAAGGACGCCUUCUAUGAUGAACUCAAUGCGUUGAUGUUCAAAAUGCAAAGCCAGCAGAUGGUCACUGUCGGAAUCGACGCAAAUGCGAAGAUGGGACUCGAACAGCAAUCCGAUGUGCUAGGAAAAUGGUAUUAUCCGGCGGGGCGCAGGUCGGCGCAGGACGGUGACUGUCUCAUCGACUUAUGCGAACAGACGGACCUCAUCAUCGCUUUAAGAGGAAUCACCGACGCCAUCAGCUCACGUAGCAGGGGUCAACACUUUUAA